UGCUUAUGUCCGUUCACGUUUUACGUUUUAAUAUUAACCAGGCCAGAGAUACAACUGUUACAGCGAAUGUGUAUUGUACAGUAGUUGUGGAAAGUGAAUGGAUCGCACUCGUUAGGCUGACUGACCAGGUGCGCCUCCUCCGCUGCCUGUAGUUGGAUCCGUCAACGUCACCUGCUUCUUCCGCUUAUCGAGACUGAAGAAACUGUUGUUACUGCCGGGGGAGUGGUCCGGACUGGCACCGCCCC